AUGUAUAUAAAGGAAGCAGAGAUUGCUGCACCGGUGUCGGUGGCUAGACCCGAAAAUCCCCGAAAAAGACCCGAAAAUCCCCGAAAAAGACCCGAAAAUCCCCGAAAGAGACCCGAAAAUCCCCGAAAAAGACUCGAAAAUCCCCGAAAAAGACCCGAAAGGACCUCGUCCCUGAGAGGCGGACGGAAACACCUGAAACCGUCGAAAAAAAAAGCAAAAUCCACCAAAACACCUGAAAUUCACCGAAAUAGACCCGAAAACCCCCGAAAAAGACCGGAAAAUCCCCGAAAAAGACCCGAAAAUCCCCGAAAAAGACUCAAAAUCCCCGAAAAAGACCCGAAAAUCCCCGAAAAAGACCGGAAAAUCCCCGAAAAAGACCCGAAGGACCUCGUCCCUGAGAGGCGGACGGAAACGUGGCGGCCGAACCGAGUGUCUCUUUAA